CAGAAAAAAAUGCAUCUUAGUGAAGCUAUCGCACAAAGACGCUAUGUUUCGACUUUCAUCAGAAACUACUCGGCUCUUCAUGCCCCGGAACAGUAUCUACCGCGCGAUAUCAUUCCAGAUACAGCCGAUGAUAACGAUGCUGGGGUCCCGGAAGACUACGGUGGUGGAAUAUCGAUGCCUUACUUUGGUCAUUCGCGUCCUUCAAUCGACUAUUACAACAGUAACCUCAUAGUGCACACCUUCGUCGUG